AUGCAACUCGGCGAGUCUCCGAUAUGGUCGCAAGAACGUCAGACCCUUUACUGGGUCGACGCACCGAGCGGUACGUUGUUUUCGUGGGACUUGAAGUCGGCGCCCACACGAAACAACUUCGGAGAGACGCUCGGCUGCGUCGCGCUUCGGUCUAACGGCACCUUGCUCCUCGGUUUAGAGUCUGGACUCCACGCAUUCGACCCGUCGACGAAGAAGUUGAAGCUCUUGAGCGAGUUCGAACCUGGAUUGAACACGCGCCCGAACGACGGGCGAGUCGACCGAGCCGGCUCCUUUGUCAUCGGUUCGUACAACAACGCCCACCGCGUUGACGCGGCGCCCAUCGGCGGAUUAUGGCGCCUGCCCGGAAACGGAGGCGAGUUGGAAGAAAUUCUGGACUACAAAUUCAGGUGCAGCAACUGCAUUUGCUUCUCGAGAUCGGGAACGACGAUGUUUUUCUGCGAUACACCGACGCGGAAAAUUUACCAGUUCGACUACGACUCUCGCGUCGGACCGUCCAAUCGUCGCCUUCUCUACGAGCUCCCGAGCUCGAUGAGCGGCGGACCCGAUGGCGCGCAGUGCGACGAAGACGGUAACUUGUGGGCUGCGAUUUCCGGCGCCGGUCAAGUCAUUCGCAUCACCCCGCAAGGCGCCGUCGACCUCGUCGUCGAGCUCCCCGUCAAGGCGCCCACCUCCGUCACGCUCGGCGGCCCCGAACUCGACACACUCUUUGUCACCACGCGCGCCGAGCCCGGUCGCAUGGAUGCCGGUUCCUUAUUCGCCUGUCGCGUUUGCGACACCCGAGGCAUCCCAGAGCCCGAAUUCCUCGAUCAGACUCCUCUCGGCGCCGACUGCGAGACGCUCGCGCCCGGCAUCGGACGCGCCACCGCCGGCGCGUCUCGCGGCGCAAAGUUUUGUAUCUCCUGCGGCGUCGGCUUCGACAAGCCCGCGGCGAAAUUUUGCGCCUUUUGCGGCGCAAAGCGUGGAUAG